AUAGAGUUGUCUCUCAGCUUUUGGCAGAAAUGGAUGGAUUAGAUAGUAAUGGAAAAGUAUUUGUUAUAGGCGCUACAAAUAGGCCAGAUUUAAUAGAUCCAGCUUUACUUAGACCAGGAAGAUUUGACAAACUGUUGUACGUCGGACCAUGCACAGAUCUUCAAUCCAAAGUUUCUGUUUUACAAGCCUUAACAAGGAAAUUUAAUAUAUCAGAUGAUGUUAAUUUGAAGAACAUCGUGAAGUCUUGUCCAGAUAAUAUUACUGGAGCAGAUUUUUAUGGAAUUUGUGCUAAUGCUUGGUCGUUAGCUGCAAAAAGACUAGUGCAAGCUAUUGAACGUG